UUUUUUUUUAUUUUAUUUUAUAUUAUUUAUUAUUGAUUUUUUUUUAUAUCAAAAACCAAUGGAAUAUCAAGCAGCCACACAAUUAUUAUGUUUAUCAAAUGGUGAUAAGAGUCAAGCGCCAAGACCUUAUAAAUGUCCAAUGUGUACAAAAUCAUUUUAUAGAUUGGAACAUCAAACUCGUCAUAUACGAACACAUACAGGAGAAAAACCUCAUAAAUGUACAUUUCAUGGAUGUGAAAAAAGAUUCUCACGAUCGGAUGAAUUGACACGACAUGUACGUAUUCAUACUUCACCUACCAAACGACGUAAACAUAAAAAACAAGUAGAUCCUCCUUCACCUGUCUUAUCUGAAUCGGAUGUGGAUUAUUUAUUGACACCUGAUAAUUCACCCAUUUUAACCCCACGUCAAUUGAAUAAGAAAUUAAUACCAUUAGAAUGUCAAUGGGAUCGUAUUCAUUAUACAACACCACCUGCAAAAGAUGAAUCCUUAUUGGCUCUCCUGGAUCGACCUCCUCAAGCACGUACGUUACCUCCCAUUCAUUCUCCAACUUCUACUUCUCGUCUCUUGUUGCAUAUUUAGUUCUCCUUUUUUUUUCCCCAC